CGAUCCGAUCGGUCCAACCAACCACACAUCUCCAAUAGUUAACCAUGGUUCAACCCAAUGCAAAGACCUUUGGUCUCGCAAGGGCCGGCUGCGUUCGGUGGGCCUCGUGACGGCAGGAGUCGUGGCCCUAUACAUGGGCCUGAGCGUGUACGAGAACCAGGACGGCCUGUUCCGGACAUUUGUGUUGCCGGCAGUGCGUUGGCUGCCCGCCGAGGCGGGCAACAAUUUGGCCUUGAUGGCGUGCAAGUAUCGCCUCUAUCCAGUGUCCGGCUACAGGGACAACAUCAACUUGAAGACCUCGUUUUUUGGCCGGCCCAUAAGCAAUCCCAUUGGCAUCGCGGCCGGCUUCGAUAAGAACGGUGAGGCAGUGCGAGGGCUGAAGGAUUUGGGCUUCGGUUUCAUUGAGAUUGGCAGCGUUACGCCCCAGGCCCAGAAGGGCAAUCCUAAGCCGCGCAUCUUUCGCCUGCACAACGAUCGGGCGAUCAUCAACCGGAAGGGCGUCGAUAGCGAUGGCCACGAGGCGGUGGUGCGGCGGCUGCGCCAGUUGCGAGCCACCAAAGAUUUCGACGCUGUCGUGGGCGUUAAUCUGGAACGCAAUCGCACCUCCAAGACACCUGUCACGGACUACAUGACGGGUGUGAAGACCUUCGCCCCCUGGGCCGACUAUCUUGUUGUCAACUACGACCACUUGAAGGGCAUGCGGAGCGUGAACAACAAAACGAAGCUCAUCGAGCUUCUGGCGGGUGUCAACAAAGCGCGUUCCCAGCUGGGGGGCAAGCUGAAUGUGCCCAUUCUGUUGAAGCUAUCACCAGAUCUGACACUGGACGAAAUGCGGGACGUGGCCGACGUCAUCGAAAUGUGUGCUUGCAAGGUGGAUGGCCUUAUUGUGUCCAAUGCGACAAUGUAUCGGGACAAUCUCAGAAACUCCAGGCUGGCCAAAGAGAACGGCGUCAUAAGUGGGGAGCCGCUGCGGGACCGCUCCACGAGGCUAAUUGCCCAGAUGUACGAGCUGACCAAAGGCUGCGUGCCCAUCAUUGGCGUGGGCGGUGUCUCAUCCGGCCGGGAUGCGUACGAGAAAAUCGCGGCCGGCGCAUCGUAUGUGCAGAUCUAUACAGCUUUUGUAUACGAGGGCCCUGAAUUAGUGGACCGUGUCAAGGGUGAGCUUUCCGCAUGGCUCACCAAGUUGGGCUAUGCGAAUAUAAACAAAGCAGUAGGUUCCAAUUAUCAACGAUAUCUGCCCUGCACCGAUUAAUUCUAAAUAAAUUAAAUUUUGUGUGUGUUUAAA